CCGUCGAGCGCCGCGCCAAUGCAGCCCCGCCGGCAACCGCAGCCCGCGUCCCGGCCCGGGGGCCGGCGCCCCGCUGCGCAGCUGUUCGCGCUGCUGCUGCUGCUCGACCUGGAGGCGGUGGCGGUGGCGGUGCCCGCAGGGGCCGGGGGUCCCGAAGACGCGGGGCUCGGGCGCGGGCUCCUGCAGCAGGCGGCCCAGGCGGCGCUGCACUUCUUCAACUUCCGCGCGGGCUCGCCCAGCGCCCUGCGAGUGCUGGCCUCGGUGCAGGAGGGCCGCGCGUGGGUGAACCCAGAGAAGGGCUGUAAGGUGGAGCUGGUGUUCAGCACGGAGCGCUACAACCCGCAGGAGGGGGAGGAACAUUUGGGGAAAUGUUCCGCUCAAGUGUUUUUCAAGAAUCAGAAACCCAGACCGGCCAUUAAUGUAACCUGCACUCGGCUCAUUGAGAAAAAGAAAAGACAACAAGAGGACUACCUGCUUUACAAGCAAAUGAAGCAACUUAAAAAUCCCUUGGACGUGGUCAGCAUACCUGACAGUCAUGGACAUAUUGAUCCUUCACUGAGACCCAUGUGGGACCUGGCUUUUCUUGGCAGCUCAUAUGUAAUGUGGGAAAAGACAACUCGGUUCUUGCGCUACAACCUGGCACAGCUCAGCAGUGUGAAGCAGUGGAAAACACAUGAAGGUGCAAUUGAUUUUGAUUACACUGUUCUACUUCAUGAAUUUUCAACACAGGAAAUCAUUCCCUGUCGUAUUCACUUGGUCUGGUACCCUGGGAAACCACUCAAAGUGAAGUACAACUGUCAAGAGCUACAGACACCGGAAGGCUCUGGAACUGAAGAAGGAUCCGCUGUGGCACCAGCACAGCUCAGUAAUUUCUAACAAGAAGAAAAAUCUCUUGUACCAGCCUCUAUUAUCAUUCUAGUAAAAUAGCUAAAGUAAAGGCAUUGCAGUAACUUCAGAAAGCCCGUGAUUACAAGUGAAUGCUCAAAAUUCUUCAGUUGGGCUGCUUUAGCUUUAGCUCUGGGAGCACAUGCAUACUGACCUCUGCUCAGUGCUAAACCGCUGCCAGCAGCUUCCACCACAUUUCAGCCCUCAAGUGCACAGCCAGUGGCCUGGUUUGCUGCAGAUGGAUCAACAAGUAAAGGCAAAAAACAGGGUCAGAUCUCUGAACCUAUAAUUCACAUUAUUUUGGACACGGUAUAGCUAACUAUUGUAUGCUGCUAAAAUGCUUCUAUGUAGUAUGUAAACAAAGAUAAUAUAUUUUCUCUUGUUAAAAAAUAUUUUCAGUGAGGGCAAAUUAUAGGAAAAAUACUAUUUGAAAUAAAUUUUACUGUAUUUCAUACAAGUAUUUUUAAAUUGAUAUCUACUUUUCAAUAAAUGUUUAAAUAGAA